AAUGGACACAGCGUCCAAAACGAGAAUGCUAAAAGUCCGCGCGAAAUCUGCCUCGGCCAUUCUGCUGCGAACGGAGUUCCACCCGUCAAAAUGGCGGCCCGCCGGUCCGGUGGAGACAACGUGGGAACGUCUGAUGGCACCCUAUGUGUCUCUGGACGACAAAAUGGAUGACGGGAGAAACGAGGACUUGAAUACCUUUAUAGAACUGUGGAACUUCCAGAAUUUGGAAAAGGGCCACGAAAAGCUGUCUCAGGGACACAACGAAGCGCGUUCGAUCUCCGUGGAAGGAUGCGUGGAAAUACCUAGGGUGGGAGUUCAGGCCCCCCUGGAGAAAAAUGGGACUUCAGAAGCACCAGAGAAGGUCAACGUCAAUGACCGCAGUGGCGUUGAGAAUCCCGAGCCGUUCUUGUAUUUAACAGUGGCCACGGCACCUCGACAACAAAUUGAGAUAGAGCCUCGGAAGGACAUGAUUGCAGAAGCAAAUAAAAAUCAAGUGGUCUCUUUGAAGAGAGCUUUGACGUGGCCUUAUGCAAGAAUCCAGAGGACAGACGUGUUGAGCAUGACAGAGCCUUUUGUGGCACCCUUAUCCAAGCCAUCUUUCCACCUUGAUGCAACAGGGGAUGCCAGGGAACCAGGAAGCAGUGAGGAGUGGCUACGCGUGGGUCCCAAGAGAAAGGAUCCGCUACCUGGUGACUGGAAACAUGAGUUCAAUGGUGAGGUCAAGUUACCCGAAGGUAAAGAGCCUCUGCGUCAGAAAGGAUCGAAGGGGGGUGUUGAGGAGGCCCUAGAUGUUGGAAAAUCAGAGUUCGAGGAAGAGCAGCUAAGACCGCAUGGCCAUGCAUGUCUAGGAGCUCAUGAUCCACCAGAUCAAGGUGGAGCUGAAAUAAACAUGGAGACCAACCCAACCAGGCCUCCAGAAGUAAUGCUUCAGAAAGAAUCCAGUGUGGCAGCUGUGGAUAGAUAUGUUCACACCUCAACAUCUGGCAUCAAACCAACCAGAUGCCCAAUGAGUGUCGGGGCUAAACAGCUGCCUAAACCAGUCUCUUCUCAGUCCAGAGCCCACCGCGAGGUUCCUGCAUCUCUACGUUCAUCCGCGGACACUUCAGCCGUAGGUUCUUCCUAUAGCGAUGAUGUCUUACUGGAAAAUGAUGACUAUAACUACAUGAACUUAUUGCACGAAGUGGUGGAGAAUCGGGGCAGAUGGACCAGGGAGCGGUGGAAGCAAACGCACCGAAACCGCGCUCUAAGCAAAUCCAAGUAGAGCGAUUUGAUUCCCACACAAGUGAUUCAUACUGUAUAGUUAUGUCUUUUGUCUAAGAUAAAUAUUGCUUUUUUAGAAAAAAGGAUUAAUGAAAGAUGUCCCACUGGCGUUGGUUACAAGAAGGCUUUCGACUCCAAAUUUCUCGGGGAUGGCGAGUCCCUUCCGGGUUUUGGCUCAAACUUUAAAGAAGUUCUCCAAAGCGGUGAACCUAAGUUUGGGGGAAAUAGGGUUCAGCACGUUGGACAGCUUUUUUUAAAGUUUGUGAAACAAGAUUCAUCAGCCUCCAUGGGUUGGUAAGGGAAGUGCGUCUCCUGUGGAUUUCAGACGUAAGGCAGGGUUCCUCACAAUACCACAUUCUAGAACCUCUUGGGCAUAUUCUGAAGACAUGUUAUGAACAUGAGAUGCCCAGGGCUGAGCGCCCUUCGCACACCUUCUUUGAUAUUUCUGGUCUACUGGGGGAGUCCUUCUCUAAACAUGUAUCCUUCUGAAUCCUUCACCUUCAGAAUAGACCGUGAGGUUUGGGCAGCCUUGAUGGAGAACGUUCUUCUCCAAGGUAUGUCAACGUUGGUCGUUUUGCUGCUGAUUUUCCUGGGCCCUGCCCUGCCUUGCCCUCUAAGGUGCCAUUCAUGCUCUACCUCUGUGGCCAAAUGUGAACAUAUCUCUUCCCUCACAGAAAUCUUAACAGGUUUGUCCAAGAACACAGAGAAGAUUAUUCUGCAUCAUGGAAAUCUUAGCAUGUUACCCUCCCUGUCCUUCGCUAGAUUUCCCAAACUCCAUUUCUUGUCAAUCACUGAAUGCCUGGUUACAUCCCUAACCAACCACACCUUUUUCACAGUCCACGUCAACAUCUUAAGGGUUUUGGAUCUCAGCGGUAAUCACUUAAUUAGCUGCAUGAUUGAGCCAAAGGCUUUCGCAGGCCUGCUGUUUCUUCGGGAGCUGACCCUAACCAACAACAGCUUGGACGUCCUGAGAAGGUCGUGGUUCUCUGAGAUGCCUCAACUCCAGAAGCUCUCCCUCGGGAUGAACAGAAUUACUUAUCUUCCUCCCAGGAUGUUUGAAAACUUGACAAAAUUGGACGAGCUGGUAUUAUCUUCCAAUCUAAUCCAGUAUCUCCCCAUGGACACUUUUUACGGGAUCCCCUCGUUGACCAAGUUGGACUUAUCCAACAACAGAAUCUUCUUUAUCAACCAUGAGGUCUUCCAACCUCUGCAAGCUCUCCAGCACCUCCUCUUGUUUCAGAACCGGUUGACCGUCCUGCCCAUCCUGCCAGGUUCCGUCACCUUCUUGUUUCUUCAUGAAAACCCCUGGGAGUGCACUUGUCAAUUGGUGGUCUCCAUGGAGUCCUUGAUGGCUAAAAUUCAGACUCCGGACGUUGUCACUUGCAACAACCCUCCUAACCUUGUAGGACACAAAGUAUUGAGCACUAAGCCAGACGGAUGUAUCUUUCCAUCUUCAUCCCCACCUUCAUCAUUACCCUUGCCUUCAUCUUCAUCAUCAAAUAUAUUGAACCUCAGCUUGCUUUAUGGAUUUCUAGCAGGACUUCUCUUUGGAUCCAUAGCAUGCUUACUUUGCUGCUACCGCGGCUUCCCAAAAUAUUGUCACUGCAUGCACACUGGAAAGCAGACCGACAGCACGAAGACUUUCGCAAGGCGGUGGAGUGGAUCCUUCCAAAGAGAAGACAACAUCUCAAAUGUAGAACCACAGAUUCUUUGCAGCUUUCCCGUUGUGAAGAAUAUGGCCAUGGACUCCUUUUGUGGACACAUCUGUGGAACCUCCAGAACUUGUUGCACACAGCAGAGGAAGUCCACAGAUCUCCAGAAGCCUUUGGUGGCCGUGUUGUCCAUGGAUACCACAGGGAAACCUGUCGUGAGUCUGCAUACGGAAGGACGGGAGGCGGGAUGCCCCAACAUAGAUCAUUCGUGCCGUCAGACUCACAAUGAGAGGAUUGCCAGAGUCAACGAAGCCCCUCAAUGUCGUAGAAACGGUGGUAGCCCCGCAGAACAACAUUCCUUCAAUUUAGAGGAUGCAUUAUGGGAGCCACCCAUCCAGAUGGCCACUUUGGACCAUAGGGAGAAGACAGAAUGUGUUUUGGGGAAGUGCGUCGACACCCAGUUGGGCGAAUGGAUCUCGCACUCUGAGGUUCAACUUGACGAAGCCCAAUCCCCUCGAUCUUUGGUCCGUCCUAACGGAACUGCCGUGAAGCCAGAGAGAGAUCAAAACUGGACCGGCGAAGCCGCUUCCAAGAGAAACAAGCGCUGCAGAAACGGAUUUCAUCUCCGUACGUCCCGCCGACGGUCAGCUAGGAAGAGGAACAUGUCAUAUCAGAGACACAGUCGUUGCUCCCAGACCAGCCUCAUGUCCCCUAGACUCAUCAAAGCUUCUGAUGUGAGACAGCGGCAAGAAGGUGUUGUGGACAGAAGACAUCCUAACCAGAGAACCAGAAACGGACAGUCUUCUUCCAACACUGAUAUUUGCCCCAACGCCUGUCCAAUAUCAGCGAGUAAAGUCAACAGAAAGCAAAGAAGGAAACCAUCGCAGGUCCACAGACCCUUUUCAACCUUGACCUCUUCUUCUUCCAGUGUGUCAAGCCAGACAGAAGAGAAUAACCUCUCCUAUCAAGAGGAACCCUAUAUUGAAAAGCGGGCCAUCGCUCCCCUUUAUGGGAGAAAGGAGGAGUCUAGUCCACCCAUUGAUGAUACCUGUCCAGUAGGGAAAAUGCACCUCAAAUCUUGGAAAGCCACGAAGGCUCCAGAAAGAUCAGAUGUGGUCCUGGAAAGGGACUCAUCCACCACGGAGGACGCAGGGACAUGUGCAAGGGGUGGCUGUUCAAAAUCCGACCCACGUUCGGUACCUCAAAAGGUGUCCAGUCAACGGAUCGCAACCUCUAAGAAAACCAGAAGAUUCCUUGAUGGCGUCGCUCGGCAGUCUUUCAGGGGUACACCCCACCUUACAGCUCAUGACCCAGCCCUUGCUUUGCCUAGCUCGGAUCGUAACGACGAGCCGUUGCUACGGAGGGAACCCUCGCCUUCGAGAGGAUCGCCAUCCCUUCCGCCUCGCUUUGCAGUCCCCCAUCCUGAGCAGAGGGACGUCGAUCGGGAAUCCACCGAAGAGCAUCUUUCGUCCCUUGCGUUGCCGUUGGGCUCCCCAGCAACGGAGAAGACUGUUAGGAUGCUAUUGAUCCUUAAAAAACAACAUGGAGGAAUGGACAGCGUAGAGACUCAAGGAAUGAAAAUGGUGCUUGAUCCCUCCAGGGUAGGCACCCACAAUCCUCAAAGUAGAAAUAUCAGAAGGUUGGGUGAAGAACAGACGUGUGUAGAAGGAUCUCUAGAAAUGUCUUCCUUUGGCGUUGUCGGCCAGGGCUUUGUGGAUGACAACAAAGACACAGUAAGUUUACACUCUAGUGCCAUGAUAUCAGAUUCCUGCUGCGACUCCUCUGGAGGCCUUCAUUUCAAGAUGGAUGCAAAUAUGUCAGUGCUAGAGAGGACCCAUAGCCAAGCUCCUUGUUCGGACGGUCAACGAGACGUUUAUGAAGAGAUUGACACUACUGUUACAUCGCACUGCACUUUGGUCCAGAAAAUGUGCCAGAUUGACUUUCCCCUGGCAGCUGAAGAGGAGAAAGCGAGCAAGUAG